AGCACCAGCUAGCAAGUGUGGAUUGAGGCCGAGGCGUGGCGUGUCGCGCCGAGUCUGCCUCACGCCCUCGUUGCCACACUAGUAAGUGUAGUCACUGAGUCUUGACCCUCGGAAGUUACAAAUAUCAAUGACGUGACGCGAUGUAUGACCACCACAACCACAACACUGUCACUCUGUUAGUGUGUCCAGUACUGUCCCUCACUGGCUGGUGUGUUGGUGAGGUGUUGCAACUCGGAGCACACCUUGGUGCUUAAAAAUGGAGUGACUCUUGGGGGACAAGCCAGCUCCCAUGAAGGGUCUUGCUAUAUAGAUGAUGGACCUUGACGGGUGGGACAGCGACCAGGAGACCAUCAUUUUCAACCCCAAGCAAGAUAACCACCCACCACGCGAUAAGUGUUGCAUCCCAUCCACCCUCAACACCUACUGCACCCCACCACUUCCACCCAUCCUAACCACCUACCAGACACCAUACCCACCUCCCCCUACCCCAUCACAACACUAUCACUUUCACUACCCUCCACCAAACAUACCCAUCCUAUCUUACUACCAGUCACAAGCUAACCCUUAUCCAAACCCAAUGCCUGCCCCCAUGACUCAGCCCCCUCUUGUGCCUCCUCCUAGCCAGUCAGUUCCCAAGUCACGAGGCUCCGUAUCUCAUCCCCAUGGCACGCCUCCUCCUUGCCACUCAGACCCCAAGUCACCAGGUCCCAACUCUCAGUCCCAUUUUGUGCCUUCUAGCCAGUCAGUCCGCAAGUCACAAGACUCCAUGUCUCAACCCCAUUGCAUGCCUCCUAACCAGUCAGUCUCCAAGUCACCAGGACCCAACUGUCAGCCCCAUUUUGUACCUCCUAGUCAGUCAGUCCCCAAGUCACCACAUUCUAAGCCCCAUUUUGUGCCUCCUAGCCAGUCAGUCCCCAAGUCACAAUACAGGGCUCAUGGGUACCACAGGAGCACACAUAGCCACAUACGCAGCCACAAGAAACCUAUCCACUUCCCCAAGACAAACACUCGUUACUCCAGGAUGAAGCUCAAUGUAGGAUGUCUGGACCACUCUGGGAAAGGAUUCUUACACGCACUGUACUUGAAUAGGAACCAGAUCAAGACCUGCUGGGAGAGAGAGAUAAUACUGCAUGUCCCCCCCAAGCUAACCCCUGACCCUGUGCCCACCUCAGAGUGCAGGGUGCAGCCAGAUAGCCUCAGGCAGUAUGAAGAACUGAAUUUGGAAAUGAUGCUGAAUGAGUUACAAAAGGAUAUGGAGAUUUUUAUGACAGAUGAUGAGGAUGAGGAGACAGGGGUAGACUCUGCCAGUGUUACCAGGCCACCCAUGUCCCCACCCCCUGUUAUCUUCAGCCCUUCCUUACCUCUUGAUAUUUCCAAGCCAUCUCCAGCCAUUGUCACAAGACCAUCCCAGUAUCAUUCCCAAGCCACUAGUACCAUCAAGCCACCUCCAGCCAGUGUCACCAGACCAUCCCACCCCAGACACUUCACUAAUCCAUCACAAACUAGCAUCUGUAUCCCAACUCAACAAGCCAGUGUCACAAGACCAUCCCAGUAUCAUUCCCAAGCCACUAGUACCAUCAAGCCACCUCCAGCCAGUGUCACCAGACCAUCCCACUCCAGACACUUCACUAAUCCAUCACAAACUAGCAUCUGUAUCCCAACUCAACAAGCCAGUGUCACAAGACCAUCCCAGUAUCAUUCCCAAGCCACUAGUACCAUCAAGCCACCUCCAGCCAGUGUCACCAGACCAUCCCACUCCAGACACUUCACUAAUCCAUCACAAGCUAGCAUCUGUAUCCCAACUCAACAAGCCAGUGUCACAAGACCAUCCCAGUAUCAUUCCCGAGCCACUAGCACCAUCAAGCCACCUCCAGCCAGUGUCACCAGACCAUCCCAGCCCAGGCACCUCACCAACCCAUCACAAGCCAGCACCAGUAAGCCAACUGAGCCAGCCAGCCACACCCUGACAGAGCCUAGAAGGAGUGAACCUGUAGCAAACACUUCACAGCAAGAGAGACAGGAGCAACCUUCCACAACUGAAGUAAGUGUCAGCUCCCUCUUGGCCCUCCUCAAGAGCCACACCACUGCAACAAGCCCUGAUCCCCCUGAUGCCACAGCAGCCUCAGGUGUCAACUCCCCAGGGCAGGGAAACACCAACACCACACAGAAUGAAACAAUUGUGCUCAAACUGAUGCGGCUGUUGCAGGAGGGUGGUAUUAGUGAGGUCAAGGAUGGCAGGCAUGUGGUGGUAUUUGAGGCACCAAAACCUGAUCCACCCUCCACUUCAGAACAAGGAAUGACACAGGCCCCUCCACACACACCACAGACACCACACACACCAGCCAUGGAACUAGACAGAGAAGAAAGGAAGAGGUCAGACAAGGAGAGAAGGAAGGUGUCAAAAGGAGAAAGGAGAGAAACACAGUGGGAGGAAAACAAGGACAAGAACAGGAGACAUAAAAUGAAUGAAGCAGCCGUGAUGAAAGAGAGGGAAAGGGAG